CAGUAAAAAGUCUGACAACUAUAUAAAAAUAUGUGCAUGUGAAUAAAUAUUAUUGCAUUGUGUGGUGUGUCUAUUGCAACUACGAUGAUAGCUCUCUUUCUUCAAAUCAUUACAUGUUUUCUCUUUACCACCACAUCCUCAUCAUCAUCACCUCAUGGCUUCACCAUCGAUUUGAUCCCUCGUCGCUCCAAUGCAUCUUCUUCUCGAGUCACCUCUGAAACUGAGCUUGGAUCACCUUACGCUGAUACCGUCUUCGAUUACACCGAGUAUCUAAUGAAACUACAAAUCGGUACACCUCCUUUCGAGAUCGAAGCUGUCUUAGACACAGGAAGCGAACUCGUAUGGACACAAUGCUUGCCUUGUACUCACUGUUACAGCCAAGUCCCUCCCAUAUUCGACCCUUCGAAAUCCUCAACCUUCAAAGAGAAAAGAUGCAAAACCCAUGACCAUUCUUGUCCUUACAAGAUUUCCUACGGAGACAAAAGCUACACCAAGGGAAUCUUAGCGACCGACACAGUCACGAUCCAUUCCACUUCAGGGAAACCCUUUGUGAUGCCUGAAACCAUUUUUGGUUGUAGCCACGACAGCUCAUGGUUUAGACCGUUUGGUUCGGGCGUUGUUGGUCUAAACUGGGGAUCUUUAUCCCUCCUCACUCAGAUGGGCGGGGAGUAUCCAGGUUUCAUCUCUUACUGCUUCUCUGGUAAAGGAACUAGUAAAAUUAACUUUGGAGGCAAUGCUAAUGUAGCAGGACCUGGUGUUGUAUCAACCACUAUGUUUAUGACCAAACAAAAACCUGGUUCUUAUUACCUAAACCUAGAUGCGGUCAGCGUUGGAGGCACCCGCGUUGAGACACUAGGGACACCGUUUCAUGCCUUAGAUGGUAACAUAAUGAUAGACUCUGGAAGCACUUACACGUGCUUGCCUGAUAGCUACUGCAACCUAGUAAGAGAUGCAGUGGAAAAAGCUGUGAAAGCCAAGCGAGCAACUGACAUUAGCGGCGACGACGAGUUGUGCUACCAUUCAGACACUAUAGAGAUAUUUCCGGUGAUCACAAUGCACUUUUCUGGCGGUGCAGAUCUUGUUUUGGAUAAGUACAAUAUGUAUGCGAAAUCAGAGAGAAGAAGAGUGGUUUGUUUGGCUAUCGUAUGUACUAAGAAUCCGACACAAGAAGCUGUCUUUGGGAACAGAGCACAGAACAAUUUCUUGGUUGGUUAUGAUUCUUCUUCUGAGUUGGUUUCUUUCAAGCCUACUAAUUGUUCUGAGUUGUGGAGUUGAAGAAACAAACCAAGAGUGUGCAUUAAUAUUUACAACUUCGGCUUCGUAUAGUUAUAUUUGUCAUUUCAAUAAAAGCAUUGAACAUGU